ACCAUUCAAAAAUACAAAUCUUUUCUUUUUGUUGGUAGUGUGGAUUAUAUUUACAUUUAUAUUAUGCUAUUGUAAUCAAAUAUAGAAGCUUCUCCUUGUUAGUCGGUUGAGAAAAAAAUAAAUAAUUAAAAUAGUAGUUCUGUUAAAAAUGCAACUGGCGACAUUAAAAACUCAACUACAAACAGAUGUUGUCAACAAAUUCGAACAAUGAACCGAUGUCCAUGAAGUUGGUGCAAGACGACGCAUGCGCAUUCGUCACUUCACGGCACUUAGAAAAUUGCGAACGCUCGGUCCGCCAGCCCAGCUUCAUGAAAUUUGGAACAAACGUUGGUAAUACGUAGACAAAAUGAGUGUCGAAAACCCGGUCAGUGAUAAUGAUUACGAUCCUGGAAAGGUAAACGGCAAUAAAAAUGAACACGUGAACGGUAUUCAAAACGGAUACAGCAGCUCUGAAAAGCAUAAGUCAAGUCACAAGUCAUCCAGCAAGGACAAACACCGGGAUAAAGACCGCGACCAUAAAAGUUCAAAACACAGUUCUAGCAGAGAUAAGGAUAAAGACAAACAUUCAAGUAGUAAAAGCAGCUCUCAUAAGUCAUCAAGCAGAGACAAGGAACGCAGCGACAAAGACAGGAGUAAGGAGCCUAGUAAAGACAAAGAGCGCAGCGACAAGGAUAAGGAACGUAGUGACAGAGAUAAAGAUCGCAAUGACAAGGACAAAGACAGAAGUGAAAAGGACAAGCAUCGCAGCGACAAGGACAAGCACAAAGACAAGGAGCGGAGUGAUCGUGAUAAAGACAAGCACCGGAGUAGCAAUGGAGAAAAGAAAUCAUCAUCAUCUAAAGAUAAGGAAAAGGACAGAGAACACAAGAGUUCCUCCUCGAAGGAACACAAAUCAAAAGACAGGGAUAAGGACCGUGAGCGAGAGAAGGAUCGGCACAAAAGUGAUAAAGAUAAACAUAGGAGUGAUAAGGAUAAACAUUCAACUUCUAAAGACAAGCACAGUUCCAGUAAAAGUAAAGAUAAGAGUGAUGAGAAAGUUAAAUCAGAGAGUUCUCGAGAAUCAUCUGUUAAACAGGACCCUAUUCAGGUAGAUGAACCUGUGGUUAAGAAUGAAAUAAAAGAGGAGCCGGAAGAUGGAUAUGGUCGUUUUAACAACACCACGAUGUCAUCUUGUGACUACAACUUGUCCCAGUUUAAGGAUGAACCACUAUCAGAACUACCUCAAGAAGAAGACAGUGAAGAAGACAUCCCAUUGCUUGAACGGAUGGCUUCUAAGAAACGUCCAGCAAGUGAAAGUGAAGAGGAUAUCCCACUUCUACAACGCAAAAAAUUAAAGAAGAAAGUAAAAAAAGAACCAAUUUAUGAUGAUGAAGAAGACGAGGAAAUAAAGCCCAAAAAGAAGAAAAUAAAACCUGAGAAAAGAAAAUCCAUAAAGCAAGAGCCUGAUGAAGUUGUCAGCCCCACCAAAAAAAAGAAAAAGCAAGAGGAAGAACAAGAGGUCUGGAAAUGGUGGGAAGAAGAAAAGAAGGAUGAUGGAACAAAAUGGACAUUCCUGGAACACAAAGGGCCUUUAUUUGCUCCUCCAUAUGAACCAUUACCUUCAAACGUUAAAUUCCGAUAUGACGGUAAAGAGGUGAGAUUGUCGCAAGAUGCCGAAGAAGUUGCUGGAUUCUAUGCUAGAAUGUUGGAUCAUGAUUAUACCACUAAAGACACAUUCAACAAUAAUUUUUUUGCCGACUGGCGUAAAGUCAUGACAAAAGAGGAAACCAAGCUUAUUACGAAUCUUUCAAAAUGUGACUUUAAAGAAAUGCAAGCAUAUUUCCUAAGUGUGUCAGAAAAGAACAAAAAUCGCACCAAGGAGGAAAAAGCUGCAUUGAAAGCUAAAAAUGAAGAAAUACAAAAAGAAUAUGGUUUUUGUACAAUUGAUGGUCAUAAAGAAAAGAUUGGUAAUUUUAGAAUAGAACCCCCUGGAUUAUUUAGAGGUAGAGGGGAACAUCCCAAAAUGGGAAUGUUGAAGAGGCGUGUCAUGCCAGAAGAUGUUUUGAUCAAUUGUUCCAAAGACAGCAAGAUACCUAAACCCCCAGCUGGACAUAAAUGGAAGGAAGUUAGACAUGAUAACACAGUUACUUGGUUGGCAUCCUGGACAGAAAAUGUACAAGGACAAUCUAAAUAUGUUAUGCUUAAUCCUAGUUCAAAAUUGAAAGGUGAAAAAGAUUGGCAAAAAUAUGAAACUGCAAGAAAACUUCACAAGUGUAUUGAUAAAAUUAGGGACACUUAUCGGAAUGACUGGAAAGCUAAGGAGAUGAGAGUACGGCAGCGUGCAGUGGCACUAUAUUUCAUAGAUCGCCUUGCUUUAAGGGCAGGUAAUGAAAAAGACGAUGAUCAGGCUGACACUGUUGGUUGCUGUUCACUCAGAGUGGAACAUAUAGAACUUCACAAGGAAAAGGAUGGCCAAGAACAUGUAGUGGUGUUUGACUUCCUUGGUAAGGAUUCCAUCAGAUACUACAAUGAAGUUGCAGUAGAAAAGAGAGUAUUUAAGAAUCUUGAACUGUUCAUGGAAAAUAAGAAAGAUAGUGAUGAUCUCUUUGAUAGACUUAAUACACAGACAUUGAACGAACAUUUGAAAGAGUUGAUGCCUGGUCUUACUGCUAAAGUAUUUCGUACCUACAAUGCUUCUAUCACAUUACAAAGGCAAUUGGAUGAACUUACAGAUGCUAAAGCAUCAAUUCCUGAAAAAAUUUUAGCCUACAACAGAGCAAAUCGCGCAGUUGCUGUCCUUUGUAACCAUCAGCGUGCAGUGCCCAAAGGACAUUCCAAAUCUAUGGAAGCUCUCAAAGAGAAGAUUCAAGCAAAGCGUGAUCAGGUUGAGGAGGCAGAAAGAGAUCUAAAAGAUGCAACAAAAGCAGCAAAACGAGGCUCUGAGAAGAAAAAGAUUAUAUGUGAUAAGAAAAAGAAAGCUUUAGAGCGCCUGAAGGAGCAAUUAAAGAAAUUGGAACUACAAGAGACAGAUCGUGAUGAAAAUAAAACUAUUGCUCUGGGAACAUCAAAACUAAAUUACUUGGAUCCACGUAUAUCUGUGGCAUGGUGCAAGAAGCAUGGCGUGCCUAUCGAAAAGAUUUACAAUAAGACUCAAAGAGACAAAUUCCGAUGGGCUAUCGAUAUGGCUGGACCUGAGUACGUUUUCUAAAGGCAAUCUGAUUAGCAUUAGCUAUAUUUAUAUACAGUUUUUUGAAUAAUUAUGUAAACGUUCCACUUGUACUUUAGUUACACUUCGAAUGUUUUAAUUUUUGACAUGAAAUUCGAUAGUGUUAAUUUGUAGUAUUGUUAUAUUUGACUCAAAAAAAAUUGAUGUAUUGUUCCUUUAAUUGGGCUCCAAAUUAGAAGUCUGAUUCUAAUUUAUUUUACUUAGUAAAUUUCAAGCUCUUCUUAGAAUAUUAGGCUAAGCCAUAGCAUUAGAAUGAUAUUAGUUUAGGGUUUGUUUAUAUAGAUUUGUGGUACAUUCUAAAUUCUAUAUCGAUUGCGUUGACAUUCUGAUAAUGUUCACAUAGUGAGAAAGUGUAGGAAAUCCAGGUGCAUUGCAUUAUAUGACAACAUUGCAGGACAUCAUUUUUACAUAAUUUUAGUGUGGAAAUGUUUGUUUUCUGGUAUUUUGUUUUGUAUAUAAUAAUACUGCAGGUUCUUUUACACUGUAUCUACUUAAGUUAGUAUAUUACAAAUUAGCAAUAGAUUACAUGUCUUGUGCUUAGUAAGAAAGAUGACAACAUAAAAAAAUCAGUGAAGCGCGUAGCUAGAUGUAAAUUAUUUUGGUGUGUAUGUGCACAAUGUUGUAAAGUAAGAAAUAGUUUUAUUUUAUUUUUAUAAUUAAGAUCAAAAAUUGUGGCAAAACAAAGCCGUCAAUGUUAAAAAGGUACAAUGUUAAAAGUUAAAUUACAAAUAAUGUACUUGUAAAUAAAUUUUUACCAUGUCAUGCAAUUGUGAAAAGAGAUUAUCCAAAUAAAUAAAACAUUGAUAGGA